AUUUAUCCGUCUCUCCUCACCUCUCUCUCCCCUGCAUGUGCCUCUCUCGCUCUCUCUCUAGUCUUUGCAAUGGUACAGGAGGAUCCGAACGGAGGCUCGAAGGCGGUGACGUUCUCGGCUGUGACGCCUCAGCUGUUCGUGGAGGAGUCGAAGGCCAACGAUGCUGUACAGUUCUACAAGGAAGCGUUCGGAGCCGAGGAGGUGAACCGCGUUGUGCACCCGAAGAGGAAGGCCGAUCAGGAGCUCCCUCUGGUUCUCUCUGCUGAACUCAAGCUCGGUUCCUACUCCAUUCUCGUCUCUGACCUAACUGAUGACUCUUCUGCUCUGGUGAAGACUGUGGGAAACGGAUGCGUGAUUUGCCUGGAGACCGAGGACGUUGAAGCUGCUGUGGCAAAAGCCGUGAAGGCCGGUGCUGUUUCCGAGGGUGAAACCGCUGAGGUUUAUGGUACGUGCUGUACAGGGCGCGUGGUCAAACUUAAGGACCCCUACGGCUUCGUUUGGCUGAUUUGCAAUCCCGCAAAGAAUCCAGAUGACGUGGAAGCCUAACAGCCGCUGAUCAAAUUCUAAUGCACUGGUAUCUGAAAACUUUUUUCAUAACUAGCCAGUAGUUGAUAAUAAAUAGACUAUAAGAAGGUUCAGUGUUGAUGCGUUUUUAUGUUGGUGAUUUUUGGAUGUUAAAACUUGGUUUAGCUUUAACGAACAGGUGGCAGUAACCGGCUUAGUGUUUGAUCC